GCUCACGUUGGAUUGAUGUGUUGCGCUCCGCUGGAGUAAUGGAGGGACGCACGAGAACGAGAGCAAGUGAUGGAGAACAGAAAUAAACAUUAUUUCAUAAAACUAUAAUGUCUAGAAUUAGGGAUUUUAUACGGAUUUGAUCAUAAAUGGAGUAUUAAAAAAAGCAAGAAGCACAGGAAGAAGUUUGAGAACGCACGAAGAGUUUAUGAACUUCAAAUCUAACUCACUCUUGUGAUUUAAGUUCUCCGCAAACUCCAUCACCAUGCAAGGCUGUGUAAAGCAACAAUUACAUUCACCCUAGUAAAACAUGGUGAAUGUGGAUUAUACAUCAGAUGAGGAUUGUUAAUGUGGUCCAAAGCAGAGAAGCAGCUAGAUUCAGGAGCGCAGGAUCAAUAGAGGAGGCCAGGGGUCGGUGAAGGACUCUGAUAAGGGAAUGCCAGGAGGAGACGGCUUUCACGAUGGAGAAGAGGAGAUCUCUUCUCCAAGCUCCAGCGAGCGGGCAGGGCAAGCGGAGCAAACGGAGGGCAGACAGGACCCAAGAACCGAGGAGCGGCGAGGAUUGGCAGGAUGCGAGGAGAGCGGAGGGGAUCGCUCGCAGGAACAGGCACAGGAUGAUGUGGAUAUGAACAGCAGCCACGACUCCAGCAGUUGUAAUGACAGCGUCGGCAGGUCACGACAUCAUUGCUCGUCCUCUGCAAAUUGCAGCCCGGGAAGCACCACGGGAUCAGGAAGCACUAAGAGCUCCAAAUCUGACGCUUGUUCCUCAUCCUCCAGUUAUCACAGCGGCCGUCAUACACAGUGCAGUGAGCAGACGGAGCACGACCGCAAGCAGACGCGCUGUGAGAUGAUGCAGACGGUCCAUGAGAUGAAGAAGCGUCUGCCGUCUGAGAAGAGGAUGCGAAGUAAAGCCAGUACUGUAGAAGCUCUGAACUAUGCAUUAAACUGUGUCAAACAAGUCCAAGCAAACAGCGAGUACUACAACUUACUGAUGAGCAGCGGUGUGGAGGAGAGGCGAGAUGCGACCGUGUGCACGCUCGAGGAGCUGGAGGGGAUCACGUCAGAACACACCCUGAAAAACACAGACACAUUUGCGGUGGUUUUCUCUCUGGCCACCGGGAAGGUGGUUUAUGCGUCUGAACAAGCGUCCGGCGUGCUUCACUGCAAGCGCAGAUUUCUGGAAUCUGCAAAGUUUGUGGAGCUGCUGUACCAUCAGGAUGUCAAUGUGUUUUAUUCGUGCACGGCACAACCAUGUCUGCCGCCCUGGAAUGUGGGCACGGACAGCGUGGCACUUUUAUUUGAAUGCUCCCAGGUCCCCAAAUCCUUCUUCUGUCGGAUCAGAGGAGGGAAGGAUAGAGAUGGUGAGAUGCGCUAUAGUCCGUUCCGCAUCACGCCGUAUCUGCUGAAGGUUCAGGGGGCGGGUGGAGAACCAGACCCGUGCUGUCUGGCCCUGGCCGAACGCAUCAUCUCAGGAUAUGAGGCCCCACGCAUUCCUAUGGACAAGCGCAUAUUUAGCACAACACAUUCUCCAGGCUGUGUGUUUUUAGAAGUGGAUGACCGAGUGGUGCCGUUGCUCGGUUACCUCCCUCAAGAUCUGAUCGGUACCUCAAUUCUUACCUGUUUGCAUCCAGACGAUCGUCUGCUCAUGCUGGCCAUGCACCGCAAGAUUCUGAAGUACGCGGGCCAGCCUCCGUUUGAGCAUUCGCCCAUCCGCUUCCGCUGUCAGAACGGAGACUACGUCACUCUUGACUCCAGCUGGUCCAGUUUCAUCAACCCCUGGAGCCGUAAGGUGGCCUUCAUCAUCGGCCGGCACAAAGUUCACACUGGUCCUCUGAACGAGGAUGUUUUCGCUGCGAGCAGAAUAGCCGAGCUGCCCGUCAUGUGUGAGGAUGUCAAAGAGAUUCAGGCUUUGAUCUACAAACUUUUCCUGCAGCCCGUUCAUAACAACGGUUCCAGUGGUUAUGGAAGUCUGGGUAGUAACGGCUCUCAUGAGCACUACAUCAGCGUGGCCUCAUCCAGCGACAGUAACGGCAACCUCUGGGAGGAUUCGCACAGAGAACCGAUGACGUUACAUCAGAUAUGUGCCUACGUCAAUAAAGUUAAGAAUUGGGGUCAGCAAGCGUUUCUUGACUCCAGGAGAAAACCCACACCACAACAUCCGGCCACUGCAGCAGUGUCGGGAGCCAGCGUUCUGCCCGAGGGCACUCGGGGUUUGGGAAUCAGAGCUCAUCUGAAGCAGUCUCUACAGGAGGCCAGAAAACAGUCACACAUUCCCUCUUACCAACAGAUCAACUGUGUGGACAGUAUCAUCAGAUAUCUGGAGAGCUGUACGACAUCUGCUCUCAAACGGAAGAAUGAAUCUCGUUCCAUAGCUACCUCUUCAUCUUCAUCCAUGUCUGAGGAAGAUAAACCUCCGGCGACCGCACACGGAGAUGCUGCCAACACAGAUGAAGCUGCGCUCGAGGGUGGCAAUAGGCUGGACAGUCAGGUGUCGGCGCGUUCGGCCACUGCGGCUGCGGUGGUUAGAGCUCCGCUCACUGACAUCACGUUGUCCACGGAGGCCAUGAGCGUGGUGUCCAUCACCAGUCAAUGCAGUUACAGCAGCACCAUAGUACACGUGCCACAACCCGAGUCAGAGGUCACUGCCUUAGAAGAUGCUCCAAUGUGGAGCGAGCCGGCAGGCUCCGCCCCCACCCCUGCAUGCCCCACCCCCAGGACCUCCUCAGCCUCUCAGGAGGAGUUGUUGGUGGUGGGUCUCACUAAAAAGGUGCUAUCGGCCCACACUCAGAAAGAGGAGCAGCAGUUUGUCAAUCGUUUCCGUCAUCGUGUCCUGCAGAGUCCCUACAGCUCGUACCUCCAACAGGACAACAGUAGCAUGACCCACUCCCAUCACAGAGGUGAUGUUGUCCGACCUCCUAACAAACACAAACGACAGAAACCAGAGGACUCAUCUGACAGCUAUGGUUCACAGCCGGGCAACUACUGGUCUCUUCCUAGGUACCCAGGAGCUCCGCAUUCCUCGAGGCCUUCCUCAGAAUCAUCUCAACCUCUGCCAUCCAACAUUGGCUUUGUGCCGCCCAUGGCUGUGCCGGUGCAGACGGGCCCAUACUUGACCGUUGUUGGCCCGGAGCAGCAGUCUGGGGUGCCCUUGAUGGUUCAACCUGACCAAGGCCUCCAGAACCUCCAACAGCCCGUGAGCCCCGUUAUGUUCGUCCUACUCCCCGGCCUCCCUGGCUACCCUCCCAACUUUGGCAUGUACCCCCAGGCGAUUCCUGUCACGCCAACGGGGUUCGCUCCCCAGCCUCAUUACAAUAUGGGUGGGUACGUCCCCCCCGGCGCUUACAUGCCGCUUGGGUCUCCGAUGCAAGGGAAUUUCGCAUGGUCCUCCGCCACAGGAGUUGGUACGCCUCAGGAUGCCGCCCCCGUGGCCAACUCGAUAUCCACACCUUGGUUGGGAGACGACCUAGAUGCGGCACAGCCCACUGCUCUGUUCUCCAGCUCACGCUCCAGCUCACCCAUCCAGCUGAACCUGCUUCAGGAAGAGCUGACCAAACCAUCAGAGUCCCUGAACAGCUCUGGACCAGAGAGUCUGCAUGAGCAUAACGCCAAUGCGGACGGUAACCAGGACGCUCAUUCCAGCUCCAGCGAAAUGCUCGAUCAGCUUCUCCAAGAGGACGCUCGCUCGGGAACCGGCUCCAACGCUUCUUGCAGCGGCUCUGGAGAGUCCGGCGGGUCUCUGGGUUCCGGGUCUGGACUCGGUUCUAAUGGAACGUCCACCAGUCAUACCGGCAGCAGCAAGUACUUCGCCAGCAACGAUUCGUCAGAUACGUCGCGGAAGGCACGCAAGUCCGCGGAAACCCACGACAGGGAGAGUGCGGCCUUCAAGAAGCACCCGCUCCUUCAAGAGGACAGUCCGCUGUGGACCAUGAUCAAACAGACCCCAGAACCAAUCAUGAUGACCUAUCAGAUCAGCCCCAGGGAUCAGGCGCAGGUUUUGCAGGCCGACCGGGAGAAACUCCUUCUGAUGCAGCCCAUGCAACCUUGGUUCACGCAGGAACAGAAAAAAGAGCUUGUUGAGGUUCAUCCGUGGAUCAAACACCACACGGUCCCGCAGGAGAUAGACACACAGGGAUGUGUAAGUUGUACCAAUUCUCCAAUGGAACCGGGAGAGGAACUUGCUCUAUACAGUGACACUCCGGACCUUACCACGCCCGACAGCACCUCUCCACAGUCGUGGGACUCCAGCACAGACACCUGAUAGCAGUCCCAAAACGCUCUGUACUAACACAUACCGGCAUCUCCCGAUCUGCAGACCCCGCAGGACAAACCGACGCCCACAUCCGUGUGUCACUGUCAUACUCUACCCAAAGACACAAGCGGGGCGAGUCCUCUGCACAUGGAUGUAACAGUACCAUCACAGGAGGUGCCCAGCUCCCCAUGUGAGCCUUCGCCAUCUCUUCUGUCGUCCGUUUGCAGAUCGUAGACCCAAACAACUGUGAACGUCUGACUGUGAUUGGUAGUGAUGUCAUGUGUAUUUGAAAAGCCCACUUUUUUUUUAAGAAAUCACAUAAGUGUGUUAUGAAUGUGGAAGCUACCACUCCAGCCAGCAUUUCUAGACACGGCUUGCAUUCGUUACGACAUGUUAAAUCUCACCAAAAGAGAUGAACUCUUGCGCAGAUGUACAGUAUGUUCAAAAAUGCCCCGUGGGGCAAACACUUGCCACCAAAUCUGAGAGGAUCUACAGAUGUUUUUUACACAGUUUCUACAGCGUGAAGAUAUUUACUCCAAUUUAUUUUGUCAUUUCAUCUCAGUCCUGUGUUGGUCUUCUGUCAUGUUGGUUUGUCUUUAUCUUAAUGUAUUUUUCUCCCCGUUUAAUUAAAUUUAAGCAAAGAUGUUCAUGCAAAGUUAUCUUGAAACCGUGAUGACAAUCUUUCAUUUGAGUAUUGUUUCUCCCAACUGUUCGUUUAAAUGCGACCUUUAAGUCCCUGUGAAUCAGACGUUGCGAUCGUUUUUACUUCCGUAUUUCCGAGUGAAAUGGAAUUUCGAAUGAGAAAAUACAGUGCGUGGCCUUUGACUUUUCUUCGAUUUGAUUGGAUGUAUAAACAGCCGUUGCAUUUUGAAAUGGAAAUGGAUCUGGCUGCGGACUUGACAGUUCAAGGGGAGGAGUUAACGGAUGCUCCGCCCAUGCUGUCUAACAUAUGUCAUGGAUAGUCACUGUAGGACAGAAGUGGAUUUUCCGAUUUUAACUGAAGAUUUUGAGGGCACACGAAUUUCAAAAAGAGAAUGUCCAACAUUGAUAAACUAUUUACAAUAAACACUGCAGCAUUUCAUGAAAAAAUAGGCAUUGUGAUUCUUUAACUCACUGCAACUUUAAAUAUGUCAGUAUUAUUUUUUCUUUGUUUAAUUGCAAAACAUUUUUUUCUACUUCAUAUGUUACUGAAAGGUGUAUUAAUGAUAUAAAACUCAAAUAAUGCUUGUGGGUAUGGACAAUUUUCUCAUGUCUUCUCCUUUGAAGCUUACGAAACUUUGCUUAGGUCAAAUUUUACCUUAAAAAUCCAAAAGAGAAAGAGAAAAAAAUUGAAUUAAAAAAUGCAAAUGCGAUGCAUAUUUUGCAUUCAAACCUUGGGACUUA